AUUUACAAAUGAUUGAAUCUAUUUCCACUGUAGAUUACUGACCACAUCAGAGUUUCAAUAACAAUGGGAAAACAUGGCUGGAUUACGAAAUUUACCGCACUUCGCUCCUUCUUGGCCGGUUGUGAAAUGUAUUUUAUUGCACCCACCGCGUGGACUUAUAUCAAAUCUCUGCAUCAAACCAAGUUUUUUCUGGCUUUAGUGUUGUCUGCGUUCAACUUUGGUGUAAUCAUUGCUGCACCUCUAUCUGGAUUCCUAACAGAUCGACUUGGAAAUCCAAGGUUUAUCUUCAUUUGCUCAUGUGUAACGAAAGUGUUCGCUUCGGUGAUGUAUAGUAUUAAUCUGAGUGAGUAUUUCCCACUUUUUGGAAGGCUGAUAAGUGGAUUAAGUGAUAUGGGUCUUGCAGUUCUUUUUGGACAAAUUGCAUUACAGACCGACAAAGAAAGUCGUGGGGGAAACUUUGUACUCUUAGAAGGUGCAUAUUGUCUUGGUUCUACAUUUGGUCCGGGAAUUGGAAGUUUUAUUGUAUUUCGGGCCAAUAUACUUGGUUGGCAAAUAAAUGAGGGCAAUUCACCUGGGAUCGUGUUGUCAAUAAUAUGGCUUCUUUUCCUCAUUUUUUCGCUGCUCUUACCCAACGACAUUUGGAUAGCGACCGGUGCCCGCAAUAUGAAACUGGAUUCAGUUUCUAGUGACGACGAAGCCGACCAAGCAUUGCAGAGUAAACGUAAUCAAGAGCGAAGAUUGACCCGGUAUAGUCCUGAGGAGAAGACGUGCAUAAUAUCAUGGGACUUGAGAAUUUUUGGCCUGCUUUUUCUAAUAUUCUGCAGCGAGGCAUUGUCAAGUACAUCUACAUUCUUUGUUCCAGUAGUAGCAUUGGAUCAUUUUCAUCUACAACUUAUUCACACCAAGUUGAUGUUCUUGAAUUGUACCUUAUUUACACUGCUAGUGUUAAUUUGUCUUUAUCUUGCUUCAGAAUAUAUUGAAGAACGAAAGCUCUUUGUAGUUGCAUUAUUUAUGCAAAUUAUUGCUCUGUCACUUCUCACGUCUUUGGCUUUCUCCUGGAAUCAAGUAACUGAUGCUCAAUGGUAUAUUCUACUUUUAUACAUUUGUCUAGGUAUGCCAUAUUUUGCAUUUCCAUUAGGAAAUUCAAUUCUCUCAAAGAUCACCGACCCUCGGAAUGCAACAUUUAUUCAAGGUUUAUCCUAUGGAUUUCUGCAUUCGGCUAUUGUAAUAAAUCGCGUUGUGGUUAGUUUCGUGUUUACGAAAACGAGUUUGCUGUGUUACUGCUUUGGUAUGGUUACCCUUUGGUUAGUAGGUGUUAUUUGGUAUGGUACACUAUACAGAAGAAUGGUUCCAAACGUCUGAAGGAAAACAAAUGAUUGCUACUGAUGUUGUAUUUCUCGACUUCAGUAAAACGUUUGACAGCGUACCACGUGAACUUUUUUGUACAAACUGGAACAGCAUACUGCAGGAGGGUCACUCUCCUCCGCAGAGUCUGAAUUAUAUAGGAUUUGUAGGGAUAGUAGAGGAUAUUUAGUGGUGCGCGACGGGGGUGGGGGGUGAGAUCGAUGGUUGACAAACGUAGCUUCCGUCUUCCCAUCAUACCUUGCGUAAUUUGUCCCCCCCUUAAUAUUACGCAAUUUUACUAAAAAUUCGUAAGGCUCUGCGGAGGAGAGUGCAGGAGGGUCGUUAAAAAUUAUUUAAAAAUUUCCUUAUCGAUCUUAAACGGAUGGUAAUAGUUAGAAAGACUAUAAUAGUAUUCUUCUUGGACUAGUGUAAAAUGUGGAAUACUCCAAGGAACAAUUUUAGGUUUAUUCUAUUCUUAAUCUAUACAGUAUAAAUAUGAUCUACCUAAUAAUAUAGAAAAUAAAGUAAAGUUAUUUGCAGACGACACUCGGUGAAUGUAAAAGGCCGGAUGUCACGCGGAAUGGAAUGCGGACUGACUUUUGUGACAAUUUUAGUUUGUGACAUUCCUAUGACAUUUAAAAUCCAAUUCAAACACUCAUAAAUAAUUCAUAAGCUUAUUGGCAAAUCAUGUCAACCAUAAUAUGUCACGUGAAGAGGC